GAUCCACUGAUUGGUGACGUCCAUUUUUAUCGAUAUGAUGGAGAUCUGUGGAAUGAGGAGGUCUACCCGCUGACUCGUUUCACCUCCGAAUUUGGUGUUCAAUCUCUGCCGAGUGCGCUGACCUGGCUUCGUUCGCUGGAGGCGGAGUCUGGCAGUCCCGACGACUGGAAACUGGAGGGGCGGCUGAUGCAGCAUCGUCAACACUCCCCCCUUGGCAUGGCCGGUAUGCUGGAGCCGUCACUUCAAGUGAUAAAGGCACCUGUCGACGUGGAUGACCCAAUCAGUAAUUAUUCGCGGCCGUUUGUGCUCGGUCAAGCAGAACUUCACUGGUUCUGCAUUCCCUCCCUCCUCCCCCCGGAACACGUGGACCACAAUCCAAACGUUAACACCUCCCCCACUUACCUGCCCAACCUAUUGCCGCAGGAUUCACGUCACGGCAACUUUCUCCCCAACCCCAUGCCCGUUCGUUAUAAUCCCUGCCCCCAAAACCUCUAUUGCAAAAUUUCCAGCCCUCAUGUUUGA